AUGUUUUGUUCUGGGAUGGCCACGGUCUCCCCUUUGUUUUCUCUUGUUUGUCAGAGUAAAAUUUGGAUUUUCAUAAUCAACUUUUUUGUCUAUUUUGACAAACUUCUUCCUUUUACACCUGAAGAGUAUGGCAGAACUGCUCUGCCUGCCUCUGUGCUAUCCAAAGCAAGUUGUGGGAACCAUCAGCUUGAGAAAUGGGAGAAUUCAUUAUCGAAAAUCCAGCAACAGCAGAGACAGUUGUGCCGGUCAAAUAAAAGCCCGUGGGUCUGUCUGACGUGCUCCAGUGUCCAUUGUGGAAGAUAUGUGAAUGGCCACGCCAAAAAGCAUUAUGAAGAUGCACAGAUUCCUAUGACCAAUCAUAAGAAAACAGAAAAACAAGAAAAAGUUCAGCAUACUGUGUGUAUGGAUUGCAGUAGUUACAGUACAUACUGUUACCGCUGUGAUGACUUUGUUGUGAAUGAUACCAAGCUGGGGCUGGUGCAGAAGGUCAGAGAGCAUCUACAGAACUUGGAAAAUUCAGCCUUUACAUCAGACAGACACAGGAAAAGAAAACUAUUGGAAAACUCAUCUCUGAACAGCAAGUUACUAAAAGUAAAUGGAAGCACCACUGCCCUCUGUGCCACAGGCCUUCGGAACCUGGGGAACACGUGUUUCAUGAAUGCGAUCCUUCAGUCGCUCAGUAACAUUCAGCAGUUUUGCUGUUACUUCAAAGAAUUGCCUGCUGUGGAGCUGAGGAAUGGGAAGACAGCAGGCAGGAGAACUUACCAUACCAGGAGCCAGGGAGAUAACAAUGUUUCAUUGGUGGAAGAAUUCAGAAAGACACUUUGUGCUUUAUGGCAAGGAAGCCAAACUGCAUUUAGUCCAGAAUCCUUAUUUUAUGUUGUUUGGAAAAUUAUGCCAAAUUUUAGGGGAUACCAGCAACAGGAUGCCCACGAGUUCAUGCGUUACCUUCUGGACCAUCUACACCUGGAACUCCAGGGUGGCUUUAAUGGUGUUUCACGUUCAGUAAUUUUGCAAGAAAAUUCUAGCCUGACUGCGAGCAGCAAAUGUUGCAUAAAUGGAGCCUCUACUGUUGUCACAGCCAUUUUUGGAGGCAUUCUUCAAAAUGAAGUCAACUGCUUAAUAUGUGGAACAGAAUCUAGAAAAUUUGACCCAUUCCUAGAUCUUUCGCUAGAUAUUCCAAGUCAGUUCAGAAAUAAACGUACUAAAAAUCAAGAAAAUGGACCAAUGUGCACACUACGAGAUUGUCUUCGCAGUUUUACAGACCUGGAGGAACUUGAUGAGACGGAGCUGUAUAUGUGUCAUAAAUGCAAAAAGAAACAGAAGUCCACCAAAAAAUUCUGGAUUCAGAAACUACCAAAGGUGCUAUGCUUACACUUGAAACGAUUUCACUGGACAGCAUAUCUAAGAAACAAAGUUGAUACAUACGUUGAGUUUCCCUUACGAGGCCUAGACAUGAAAUGUUACCUGUUAGAGCCUGAAAACAGUGGCCCAGAAAGCUGUCUCUAUGAUCUCGCAGCUGUUGUUGUGCAUCACGGCUCAGGGUGAGUACAUGGAGUAAGCCUGCUUCAGGGCAGAGAUCUUCUCACUGAAUUACAUGCCAACUUAUUUAAGGCUUUUAUUCUCCUAGUGAAUGUCUGUAUAUAUCACUGGUGGAAACAUGCAGUAAUUUACAAGCUCCUGUGGAACUAAGUUGAAAUAACAUCAGACAGAUACGUUUAUGAUGUAGUUAUUCCCGUGAAUUCCCCUUGGCAGUCGCUAGGGGUAAUCACUAAAGUGAAAGAAUGAAAAGCAUGGAAACUAACACUGUGAAUAAAAGGUCCUUUCAGAAGUUUGUGCUUCAUUUUGAGAUAAAGCAAAGAUAUUUUUCUCUUAUGCGUUUAUGCCAGAGUGCAUGUGUUCAAAACACACGUAACAGUGGCACAGUCUUCUGUGCCUACAGGAGUAAAAUCUCAAAGUGAAUGCUAAUAGGUGUGCCACAAAGCUGAACACUAUUAGUAUUUUGAAGUAA